GCAUGCAUAGAUUUCAAUGGAGAGGUCUGGGGAUGUCUCUCACCCAUUUCUCCACUAUUUCUCUCCAAGCUGAGUCAGCUUAGCAUGGUGGUGGUGGUGGUGAGGGUUCCAGAAGAAUUUGGGAGGACAAAGGCUGGCAGGGGGGAGUGUCCAGUGAAAGAUUUCCAUUAUUGAUAUUGGAACUGAAGGUUUUAAGAUUUUCUUCUCCCUCCCCCCCCCCCUCUGCUUUCAAAUAGUCUAGGGACCUCUGAAUGGUGCAGAAAGUGCAAGUCUAGAGAGUUCAAGGGAAGACAUUUCGGGAUGCAGCAUCCUCCAAAAUGCCUAUUGUAUAGAUGUCUUUUGGGAUGGAUGGAAAAGCCAAAUGUUAGCUGCUUUGCUUCCCUCUGUUUUACUCCCUACUCUCUCCUUGCUGAGAGGCACAGAAAGUGUGACCAAAACUGGGGUUUAGAAAGUGGUGGACCAAAGGGUUAAGUAGAUUAGGAGAGGGGGAAAGCAGCAGGUCUAACACUUGCCAAGCCUGAUGAUUUUUAAAAUAUAUAUAUUUUGGUGAUUCGUUCCUCUAUAUCCUCUCAGUAUUAUCAACUAACAGUCUCAGACAUUGCAGGACUGAAUUGUAUUGCUUGAGGCAGUGGUGGUGGGUGCAAGAAUAAGAGACCUAGUUUGCAAGGAUUGCAGAACUGUAUUUAAAUAUUUCAUGGUUAGUGGAUGGUAGGAAUUCCAUAAUGCUUCAGCAUCCCCUCCAGCCUCCCCAAUGGAUGAACGAAGGAGUGCUUGAAUGAUGAGAGAAAAGAAAAGAGGGAAGGGUUAUUGCUCAGAGUUUCAUUUCUUUUCCCUUUUGCUUCUUCCAGCUUUACUUAUUGAGAACUGAGGCAUUCCUUACAGCUCUUCAUUAUUUGAUGGUUUUCCUAGUCUGUCUGGGGUGGAAACUGUAGGACUGCAUCCUUCACAGUGCUUUGAAUGACUGUGGAAAUGGGGGAGGUGGGGAAAAAGCAGGCAAAGAAGGGGCCCACUGAUGGGAAUGUAUAGAAAAGAGGGAGACCAGCUCUGGUAUGGCACAAAGGGAGCUUUGCAAGGCUGGAGAAGAGUUUCCGUGGCAAGAGAUCUCAAGCAUGUCAGAGAGAUGGGGUGGGAAAAAGUAGGAGCAGGAGAAGGGUGGCAGUCAAGAUCUGAUGGGGAGGCCAGGUCUGGGAAGUGCCAGAGUCAUGCGGCCAGCUGGGAAAAGGAGGAGGGCAAGACUGGUAGAGUUAAGUAGGGCACGGGCUGUUGGCAAGUUGAAGCUUCCCACGUCUGUCUCGCUCCCCUCCCCUUUCCAGGAAUCCAGUGGGGGCUGGGACACAGCAGUGAGGAAGGGGAGAGAGCUGAACAGGACAGCCUUGCUUUCAGAGAGAGCCUUCAGAGAGAUGGUGAUGAUGUCAAGGUUUGACUGUAGGUGCCGAAGCUGGGGUCGACGGAGCAUAAAGAUGCUGAAGGGUGUUUGGCUGCUCAGUGUGUUCACAGUGGCUGGGAUCUCGCCGACAGAGAGCCGCAAACCUGCCAAAGACAUUUGCAGCAAGAGCCGCUGCCCUUGCGAGGAGAAGGAGAACGUGCUGAAUAUUAAUUGUGAAAACAAGGGAUUUACAACAGUUAGUCUUCUCUUGCCUCCGCCAUCCAAGAUCUAUCAGCUCUUCCUCAAUGGCAAUGCCUUUGCUCGCCUCUACCCCAAUGAGUUUGUCAACUACUCCAAUGCGGUGACUCUUCACCUGGGCAACAACGACAUGCAGGAGAUUCGAACUGGGGCUUUCAUAGGCCUUCGGACCCUUAAGAGGCUGCAUCUCAACAACAACAAGUUGGAAAUCCUACGGGAGGACACUUUCCUAGGUUUGGAGAGCCUAGAAUAUCUGCAGGCUGAUUACAAUUAUAUCAGCACGAUCGAGGCAGGAGCUUUCAGCAAGCUCAACAAGCUGAAAGUGUUGAUCCUCAAUGACAACCUCCUGUUGUCUCUGCCAAGCAAUGUGUUCCGUUUUGUCUUGCUCACUCACCUGGAUCUCAGAGGGAACAGGCUCAAGAUGAUGCCUUUUGCUGGUGUCUUGGAACACAUUGGAGGCAUCAUGGAGAUCCAGCUGGAGGAGAACCCCUGGAACUGUACCUGUGACCUUCUGCCUCUCAAAGCUUGGCUAGAUACCAUCACGGUCUUUGUUGGGGAGAUUGUUUGUGAGACCCCUUUCAGACUACAUGGCAAAGAUGUCACCCAACUCACCAGGCAGGACCUCUGCCCUCGAAAAAGUUCUGGGGACUCUAACCAGAGAGAGAAGCACCCUUCCCAUUCAGACACGCACAUCCAGAAAUAUCCUCCAACAACUAACUCUGCUGUUGGUGCUACAAGGGCUCCCAAAUCCAGCCGCCCACCCAAAACAAGGAACCGGCCAACCCCUCGGGUCACAGUGUCUAAAGAUAGACAGAUUUUUGGGCCUAUCAUGGUUUACCAGACCAAGUCCCCUGUGCCACUUACUUGUCCAACCGGCUGUGUUUGCACUUCUCAAGGUUCUGAUAAUGGGUUGAAUGUCAACUGCCAAGAGAAAAAAAUUGGCAACAUUUCUGAUCUCCACCCCAGGCCCACCAGUCCAAAGAAACUCUAUCUAACAAGCAAUUAUUUGCAAACUAUCUACAAAACGGAUCUCUUGGAAUACAGCUCAUUGGAUUUGUUGCAUUUGGGAAACAACAGGAUUGCAGUGAUCCAAGAAGGUGCCUUCUCUAACCUCACCACUUUACGCCGGCUCUAUCUCAAUGGCAAUUACCUUGAGGUCCUGUACCCUUCCAUAUUUGAAGGACUACAUAGCUUGCAGUAUCUCUAUCUAGAGUAUAAUGUGAUUAAAGAGAUCUUGCCACAUACCUUUGAUGCACUGGGAAACCUUCAUCUCUUAUUUCUGAAUAACAACCUUCUGAGGUCCCUCCCGGACAAUGUGUUUGGGGGCACAACCCUGACUAGGCUUAACCUGAGGAACAACCAUUUCUCCUUCUUGCCUGUGCGAGGGGUCCUUGAUCAGCUUUCAGCCUUGAUUCAGAUUGAUCUUCAAGAAAAUCCUUGGGAUUGUACUUGUGACAUCAUGGGACUGAGGAACUGGAUAGAACGUGUCACUGAGCAGAACAACCAGCAAUCAGGGGCUCAGGUCGUCAUUAAUGAAGUGAUCUGUGAUUCUCCAGCCAAGCAUGCUGGAGAACAUCUCAAGACCCUGAGCAAGGAAGCCAUCUGCCCUGAAAAUCCCAAUAUGCUAGAUGCAUCUUUCUCAUCGCCAGAUCUGAACACAGAUGUGCCCCAAGCCUUUAGCAUCUUCCCAAGUUCCUAUCCGGAAAUGCGGACGGAAGUCCCUCUUUCUGUCUUAAUUCUGGGCCUGUUGGUUGUGUUUAUUUUGUCUGUCUGUUUUGGAGCAGGCCUGUUUGUCUUUGUUCUCAAACGCCGCAAGGGCAUGCCAAGUGUGCCCAGCAGUGCCAACAACCUCGACGUAAGUUCCUUCCAGUUGCAGUACGGGUGCUACAACAGCGAGGCACACGAUAAAGCUGAAGGGCAUGUGUAUAAUUACAUCCCACCUCCUGUGGGCCAGAUGUGCCAGAACCCCAUCUAUAUGCAGAAGGAAGGAGACCCGGUAGCCUACUACAGAAAUCUCCAUGAGUAUAGCUAUAGUAACCUUGAACCUAAGAAAGACGACUCAGCCAGCCUAGCAUUUACAAUCACGGCAGCCGAAAUGCUAGAGAAGCAGGCUUUUGCGAGGGAACCGGAGCUGCUCUAUCAGAACAUUGUGGAAAGGGUCAAGGAACUGCCUAGUGGAAGCCUGGUUCAUUAUAACUUUUGCACCCUCCCGAAAAGGCAGUUCACACCUUCCUAUGAGUCGAGGCGACAAAACCAGGACAGGAUAAAUAAAACGGUUUUGUAUGGGACUCCACGGAAAUAUUUUGCAGAACAAUCCAAACCUGACCUUCCUUUGCUGCAAGGGAAACUACAGACUGAACCAGACUACCUCGAAGUUCUGGAGAAACAAACUGCCAUUAGUCAGCUGUGAAGUGGGUGGUGGGAAGGAAUGGGGAAGGUCCCAGGGGGUUCAUUUAUGGGGGGAAAGAUAAAUCCUUUUUUAAAAUAUGACCCAGUUUCAGACUUGACACACCAAUGUGAUUUGUCAAAUCCUCAAGACUGUUUUCAUGAUUUAAAUUCUGCAACAAUCCCUAUAUUAUGCCAGGACUACGAAGGGUGCUUUCUUUCUUAUUAUGGUCCCUUAUAAGUUAUUUUCUUGCAUUCCAGCCCUUUAAACAUUGAGGCUGAUGGUUUAUAUUUGGGGGGGGGGGGAUUGAUUUAUUUUCUGGGGGAAAGAAGGCAGAAAAAAGAACCCACCCCAUUCCCACAACAUACAAGCAGAUAUUUUAAAAAAUAAUAAUGUAUUAAAUAGAUGAUAUCUCCAAAUAUUCCAUCCUCUCUUCUUGCCUAGGCUAGACUAUCUCUCCUCCUUUUUUUGUAAAUAAUAUUGUCCGUGCAGCUCUUUCAAUGACCAAGUUGAGCCACUGGGUGUCACCUUCUUUUUUUGUCUGUGAUUGUUAAAGUGCCUUUGCACUUUAAGUAUGUUAUUACUUAAUUGUUGCGCUUAGCUUUGAUAAAUUUGAAUCUAUUUUAAUGUAUUGUAUUUUUUGAAAAUUUAAAACAACAACAACAACGGCAAAUGUAAAAUAGAGAUCUAGACGUUGGCUGUGUUCAAUCCAAAGGGCCUUUUGCUCAAGCGAAAACAACACUGGCCCCAUCUUUAAGUGAAGCUAGUUCUGAGACCGUUUUUAAAAAAAUAGACUGAAUUGUAAAUCCAUCCUUUCCCUAUACCAAUCCCACCCUCACCCUGGAUCCUGUUUCACAUGAACUUUUGAAAUGAAAUGAACUAAGGAUUUAGCAAUGGAUUUGAGUACUCAGCUGCCUGGUUCGGGAGUGAGUAGUUAUUAUUGUUAUGAUUAUGAUUAUUAUUUUCUAAAGUCAUUUAACAGAAUUCCAAGCAACCUGCUCAGUGGAUGUCCCAUCUUCAUUUAUGCUGCAGCUCCUAACACCAUUGUAAUGUUCAGUGUUUUUCAGGUUAUUUGCCUAAUUAAGAGGACAUUACUUUACCUGUAAUAUAUUUUUUCUGCAUUAAAAUUAGAUAUUUUUAUACGUUUAA